AGAUUGUCGCGGGACGCGUGAGCGGGGAAGAGAACAAAAACGGCUGUGAGCUGUUAACGUAAAGGUUGACCGUAAACGAAGACAGACGAGCGCUGCUAUACGGAAGGACAGAAGCGUCUCGCAGUGAGACAUUUGUAACACAAAACCAAAUUUUUCCUGUGUCUUAUAAAGUUUAACCAAAUACAUACGACAUACGAUUCAUUUUCUGAAACACGGAAGUACGGGAUACAAAUUUUUGAGAUGCCGAAUAUUAAACUGCAGAGCUCCGACGGUGAGGUUUUUGAGGUUGACGUAGACAUUGCAAAAUGCUCCGUCACCAUAAAAACCAUGCUCGAAGAUCUCGGCAUGGACGAAGAUGAAGAAGAGGUUGUCCCUUUGCCAAACGUCAACUCUGCUAUUCUUCGCAAAGUCAUUCAGUGGGCUACUUAUCACAAAGAUGAUCCUGCACCAGCCGAAGAUGAUGAGAAUAAGGAAAAGCGUACCGACGAUAUCAGCUCUUGGGAUGCUGAUUUCCUAAAGGUCGAUCAAGGUACGCUGUUCGAAUUGAUAUUAGCCGCAAACUACCUGGAUAUCAAAGGGCUGUUGGACGUGACGUGUAAGACAGUGGCAAACAUGAUAAAGGGAAAAACGCCAGAAGAGAUCCGCAAGACGUUUAACAUAAAGAAUGAUUUUACUGCAUCGGAGGAGGAGCAAGUUCGCAAGGAGAACGAAUGGUGCGAGGAGAAAUAGAUUGAGCGUUGGUAGUGAAAAACUGUUGAGCCAGUCCUGCAACGCCUCAUACGUAUUUUUGUUUUCUUUGUGAAUUUUGUAUUUAAUUAAUCCCGGUCUCGAAAUUGAUUCCACAAGAGGUUGAAAGUUUGAUCGAAAAAUCGCCUCUUCAAGAACACAAGUUUUUUUUUCGUCCGGAGUUGAACUCAAAUCCUCUCCACUCUAUACGUAAUAUCAUUUUGACUUGUGUAUGGUGUGUCGUCAUCUAGACUUUAUCUCGUAACCGAGCGUAGCAUAGAAAAAAAACAAGAAACAAAUUUAAAGUGAUAGUGUUUUAAAGUUUAAGAUUUGUGGUAAUCGCAGCGAAUAUUUCUCAUCCCCAAAGUUAUUACUUUUCUCUCACUAUUCAUUACCAUCCCAAAUCGCCUUUAACGAGCUAAAUAACGAAUAAAAUUAUUAUAAAAGUA